CCCCCCGCGCGCGGCAGGGCUGGGGGCCGCCAGCGCCAUGGAGCCGCCCGGGGCUGGCGCGGGGGGCGCCGCCAUGCUGACCGUCAUGGAUCCCUCGGUCACUCUGUGGCAAUUCCUGCUUCAGUUGCUGGAGCAGCAGAGCAACGGGCACCUCAUCGCCUGGACGUCCAACGACGGGGAAUUCAAGCUGGUGGAUGCGGAAGAGGUCGCGCGGCUCUGGGGGCUACGGAAGAACAAGACCAACAUGAACUACGACAAGCUGAGCCGGGCCCUGCGGUACUACUAUGACAAGAAUAUCAUCCGGAAAGUCAGCGGGCAGAAAUUCGUUUACAAAUUCGUCUCCUAUCCAGAACUUUCCAGCAUGGAGGGCGUGAAGGACGAGGGGGGCACCAAGAGGCUGGAGCAGGUCCAGAUUGACGCCAAAGCAGGAGAGGGAGCCUUUGGCCCCCCCAAAGUCCCUCGUGGAGGUGGCGGUACCCCCCGUAGCAGUCGGAAUGAAUACAUGCGCUCUGGGCUCUAUUCCACUUUCACCAUUCAGUCCCUGCAGACGCCUUCACCCGCUGGACGGGCCUCUCGCCAGGAGACGGAGGUUCUGCCUGUCGUGCCGUCCCUUACUGCCCCUGAACCGCCACCACCUGCCCUGGCCCCUGUGGAGGGUCUCCCACAGCUACACAUCAGCAUUGAGGAACCAGAGGAUUCUCCAGAGUCCUUGCAAGUCAUAGUAGAGCCCACACCCUUGGAGCCUUCCCCGCUUGAAGAAAAGGUGCUGGUGAAGGUAGAAGAGGAGAACCUGGACCUUGAGGAGGAAGCUGCUGCUCUCCUGGUUCUGAUGGAUGCUGCAGAGAAAGAAGAACCCUCGCCCUCAGAGAAGGCAUCCUUGGAAGCUGAGGGGCCUGGGGAGGGGCCCAGGCUGCUGAAGGAGGAAGCGCCAUCACCCAGCCAAGCAACCGUCGCUCUUGAGGGACAGCCCCAAAAGGGCAAGAAACCCAAAGUCCUGGAGCUACCGUCACUGCCGACCCAGGAGAAAGUGAAUGCUGCAGUGAACAGUCUCCUGGCGCCUGGUGGGACGGGCAGCAAUCUGACCCCAACCACGGUUAUAUCUUCCCAUGCAUUGACCCCAGUCUUGCUCACCCCGAGUUCCCUGCCCCCCACCAUCCAUUUCUGGAGUACCCUGAGUCCUAUUGCCCCCCGAAGCCCGGCCAAACUCUCAUUCCAGUUUCCCAGCAACUCUAACUCACAAGUUCACAUCCCCUCGCUCAGUGUGGACGGACUCUCCACCCCUGUCGUGCUAUCUCCGGGUCCCCAGAAGCCAUAAUGUUUCCUCUCGGCAUCGCUGUAUCUCUCUUGCUUCUGCCAACGAAAUGGCUUGAGUUCCUUUCCAGGAAGUCGGGAUCAGACAGCUACGUGUCUCUUUGUUGACUGGAAGAUUCCUUUGGCGAGCCGAGAAUGGCUGCCCUGCUUGAGGGGUGAAAACGGCACAGCAGCUGAGGCGUUCACUAGCUCGGAUGUGCCGGGAUUUUCCUGAAGCCAAGCGGAGUCUCCCUAACGCCAAGAAAUCCACAUCCAGCACCCUCCUGCUUCUGAAAAGUUCGUUAUGGCCAUCUAAUACCUCAUGUGGGGCAAAGGGGAUAUAUCCUCAUUUAUUUAAUCCCCUUUCUGCUUAAAGGUGUAGUCCAUGUUUACUUUGGACGUGGCAGAAUGGGCUCCUUUUUACAUCCUCCAUCUUGGUAUUCCUUCUCUUUUAAUGGAGCUGAUUUGAGGUGAUGGUCCGAGGUCCAGAGGGCCAUCUUCUUCUUCUGCCUUCUAAGAUAAAUCACCCGAUCCUUGUCACCUUGUCUGGGCUUGGUUUUAGCAAGGUAGCUGAAGGGGUAGACCUUGCCAGUCGUGUUCGGUUUGGCUGUAUGUAGAGGACAGAAGCUGUAUUUGCCAUAUUUAUUUUGGCUGUGUGGCGACUUCAGCCACGGCCAGGAUGUUGGAGUUGUAAGCCAUGUUUGUUUUGGCUGGUUGGGGUAGACUGAGGAAUUUCAGUCGUCAUUGUUUUUGGAUGAAUAGGAAUACGAACGGCAGUUGUUGCUGAACAGAGAAGAGAAAGCACUGGUGAUUGUGGACUGGAUCCAACCGGCAUUUCCACUGGUGCAAAAGGGAGUAAAGGGUCCCCUUUGACCACCAAACAGGCUGUGUUGGGGAUUAUGGGACCUGCAUGGACAAAAACCACAUUGGAUAGAGGCCGUAAUAAGCUGGCUGGAUUCAGUCCCAUGUUUCUUCAUGGAUAAAAAGGAUAACACUGUAGGUCAGUCUUUGAUUUGGCUCAGUGUGGGAGAGGAGAAAGCUCUGAACAUGUUUGCUGGGCAGCAGGGUAGAAAGAAGUUCUGCCAGUCAUGUUCAGUUUUGUCAGGUAAGAUAGCAGCAUUAGCCAUGUUUGUUUUGGCUGAACAAUGUUGGCUAUGUUUUCAUUGGUUCGUUGAGAGAGGAGAUCUUGCUGAAUAUUCCUUUGCCAUCUGACGCAAAGAUGACAGCCGGAAAUUGGGUCUUUGUCAUUUUUCUUGAUGUACUUCCUGAAGGUCAAAGGUCACCAGUUCGUCAUUAUGGAGACCAGAGAAUGGAAGCCCCGCCUACAAGGGGAAUCUUCUCACUUCGCAGAAUGGUUUCCUUAAUUUAUUUCCUGACGACUGAAGGUCACCACAGAAAUGACCAAAGGGGAGGUCAUCCCCUCUACAUUUGAUAUUUUCUUAACGGUUGUAUUUGUUUCCUCUUUAUCCAUUGGAGAAGUGUCAGGUGUUAAUCUCUCUUAUGGGGAAACUUUAUUUGCUGGUUGGUCUCUGAAAAGGAAAUCCCAACUUGCAUAUAUCUCUUUGGUUUCUUCCAACUCUUGAGUCAACCUGGAAGCAACGCUGGCUAAUUUCCACCUUGUGUCCCCUUUGUUUCCUACCACCAAAAAUGGGGCCCUUUCCAUGAAAAUGGUGAAACAGAAGGCCUGCCUCUUUUAACAGCUUCUUAUUUCUUUCCAGAGGUGUGAUAAGGGAAUGUAUAACCUUUAUAAAAGGGCUGUGUCUUAUGGGAUAGAUCAGUAGCUCUCAUCCUCAAACGAUGAGAAUUUCAUCACUUGCUGAUUGUGGGUUUGGUUUUAUUCUUUUGUUUUUCUUCGGGUGGGGUUUUCCUAUAAAUCUCUGUUAAUGCUGCGGGAAAUGCCAUUUUUGGAAAUAUCAUAUGAUUCCCAGUCAGAAUUCCCAGCACCUUCUAUUUUUUCACAGAGUCUAUAUAUCACAAUUUUAUCUAUUAUCAAGAGAGGCAUAUUGAGAAAGAGAAGACGGCAUAGAGCUAUAUUUAUCUUUUUGUCUGUUUUUGAUAUCUAUUUUUUAA